CUCGCCGUCUGCCUUGCUUGCUUUUACGAGGCGUGCGAGUACGCCUCAUCUGAAUGAGCUUGCCAAUGGCCAAAUGACCAUAUAUGACGUUCAAGGACAGCCCUCCACACUUUCGACUUCUUUUGUCCUCGUUCUCGGGAGCCUGAUUCAAAUCUGCCUCGAAAAUAAUUCGCUGCAGAGAGACCACAUUCAAGCAACCAGACACUACUCCUCAGGCUUGCGACACCUCCACGCACAAUGUACGAACUAUCCAUCAUUGAUGCCUUCCUGGCCGACCCAACUAAAGGCCCAUCGUCCGUAUUCGCGAUCCUCUUCAUCAUCUCUGGUGUUUUACACCUCUGGCAAAGCAGAAAGCAUCACACCUGGACAUCCACCUGGUAUCUUCCCAUCGCAUGCAUCCUCAUGGCCGCCGGCUUCAUCCUCCGCGAAAUCGCAGCUUUCCACCACAACGGCAAUGACAUGGCCAGCGCAGUUCAAGGGCUUUUCUAUACCGCAACAUUCCUCUUCACACUCCCCCUCUACGUCGCGUUCGUCCACCUCGUCUCCCUCGCCCUGAGAAUUCACCCUGCCUACUUCUUCUGGGCAACCACUUGCUUCACCUCGGCAAUCAUCACAUGCACGGCUCAGGGCUGUGCAUCGUAUUUCAGCGCCCACCAGAGCCAGAGUACCAUGAGUUCGGGCCUUGCGCUUAUCAAAGCCAGCCUGAUACUUCAGCUGUUCCUCAACGUGGUAUUCGUGUGUCUACUUGCCUUCUACCAACCCCGCCUGAAGCUACGCCUCGGACUCCAGCAUCAAGCAGAACUUUCUCAUUCCUCGGCAGUGAACAUCACGAAAAUCAUGUUGACCUUCGGCGUCCUGAUCGGCCUGAUCCUGAUCCGCAACAUAUUCCGCACGGUUCAGAUCUUUACGUCGCCGCGUUCGGAGCUGUGGACCAAUGAGGCAUAUUUCUGGGUCUUCGAGCCUACGGUCAUAUUGGCAUACAGUGUAAUUUGGCAUUUAAUGUCCCCUGCGAAAGACCUCUCUUCAGGUGCGACGAUGUGCUGCAAUGAAGGACAAGGAGAGUAGUGGCGUUGAGGAAUGAUGGUUUGAUGGAGGCAUCAUUCUGCGAAGGUUCGCAGCAGUUGGCUUGCGAAGGAGCUUUGAAUCUGCGGCUGUUCCAUAUUGUUGGCAUACAGCUGAAGAGGUAUCCUACAUCUACGUUAGGGGUUCCGUUGGGAAGAACCGAUGAUGGGAGCACGGCAGCAGAUGGUGGUGCGGUCACUGCUGUCAUAGCCGGAAUCUCGGUUCGCACUGUCGAGCGGAGACCAGAGGAAGUGGCGCAUGCCGGCCUGUAUGGCUAGCUUGAAGCUUCGAAUCCCCCUAGUACGACUUCGAAGCUAUUGGGAUUAAUAAAGACAUGGACACCACCAUUCAUGCGGUACAGAGGUCAAGUUCGUAGGUUGAGAAGCCCGGUGUGAGACUAACACGCGGGUGUGUGAGGAGGUACUCUGGUAGAGUCUUGUGUCAGGAUGCAGACGUGAGCGAAAUCGGGAACCAAUGACAAGGCUGAUUUGCCAUAUUCUAGCAUAUGAGGUCAAU